AUGGCUCGCCAACUCAUAGAUGUAAUAUUGGCUGGGCUUCUGCCUUUGACCAUCUUGGUGCAUUUGUACUUAGCCCCUUAUACCAAGGUCGAGGAGUCGUUCAAUAUUCAAGCUAUCCACGAUACUUUGAUUCAUGGCAUUCCGACGAGAAAUGCUACGGCCUUCUUCAACUCGCAUUAUGAUCACUUUACCUUUCCUGGGCCUGUACCUCGCACCUUUGUUGGUGCUGUCGUCAUGUCUGGGUUGACUAGGCCUUUGCAGAUUAUCCUGAACUUGUUGUCACCAGGAGGUGUUGACAAGUUUACCUUCCAAUUGGCUGCUAGAGGAGUGCUUGGGUUGCUCAAUGCAGCAGCUUUAGUCCACUUCAAACGUGCAAUCGAUACUGCAUACGGCAAGGUUGCAGGAAGAUGGUAUAUCAUCCUCCAGGCUUCUCAGUUCCAUGUCAUGUUCUAUGCAUCUCGAACUCUUCCCAACAUGUUCGCCUUCAGCAUCACGACCUUAGCGUUGUCCAACCUCAUCUCUGCUCAGGCAGUCGCGAUCCGCUCUCAAAAAAGUGUCAAACGUCGCCGUCUAGCUUUGUACCUUCUCACUGCCUCAGGCAUCAUCUUCAGAUCCGAAAUCGCCAUUCUUCUGGCCAUGCAAACCCUCUAUUUGCUGGUGCAGGGGAAGACUUCUCUGAUCAAUGAAGUCAUACCUGCUGGAAUAUUCGGCUUGGUCAUCGGCCUUGGUGUUACAGUCUCAGUGGACUCUUUCUUCUGGCAGCGCUUCCCCUUAUGGCCUGAAUUUAUCGGCUUUGUCUACAAUACAAUUCAAGGCAAGUCAUCGGACUGGGGUGUGAGUCCAUGGCACUACUACUUCAUCAACGCCAUCCCUCGACUGCUGUUGAACCCAAUUUCUUGGUCUUUUUGUAUACCGUUGGCUCUGGUAAACCGCGCUACCCGCAAAACGAGCUUGGAUAUCUUGAUACCCCUCCUUGCUUUCGUGGCUAUCUACAGCGUCUUACCCCACAAAGAAUGGCGAUUCAUCAUCUACAUCAUCCCUGGUUUGACAGGCGUUGCAGCCGGAGGAGCAUCGUGGAUCUGGACUCGCCGAAGCAAGAGCAUUCUCUACAGACUUUUGAGUCUCGGCCUUAUCGCUUCGACCAUUACAUCUUUCGUGGGUAGCUUCAGCUUACUCUACAUCUCAAGCCUGAAUUACCCAGGCGGCGAGGCCUUCACACGUCUCCAUGAACUCGUACCCAGCGGACAACAAACACCAAUUCGCGUCUACAUGGACAAUCUCUCGUGCCAAACUGGUGUAACACGAUUCUUAGAGAAGGAUGCAGGCUCAAGAUUUGUCUACGACAAGACUGAAGACGAAACAACACUUUUGGAUCCAGCCUUCUGGCAGCAGUUUGACUACGUGCUCGCAGAAAGUCCUGAGCGUAUCAUUGGUAGCUGGGAAGUUGCUGAUGUCAUUCAUGGCUAUUCUGGAGUUGGUCUCGGAAACUUGGCUGGCAAGCAAGAUAGUGCGCCUGCUCUGACCACACGUGGUUUCAUCGCUCGACCCUUGAACAAGAUGCUCGGAGUGUACAAUGAGGUUGCUCGUGUGGCAAGUCAGAAGGCGACUGGUGGACGAUGGCCUGUGGUGAAAAUGGCACCUAAGAUUCACAUAUUGAAAAGACAAGAGUAG